GAGGAGGAGGCGCGGGGAGGCGAGGAGGGAGGAGACCUGACUCCCAUCAACUCCAUGAUGAACACGGUCAUGAACGCGGGGCAGAUCAACGGGGGCGGCGUGGAGCCCAUCUCCACCGGCAACACGCCCGUCAAGACGCCCAGCAAGUCCCCCUCCGCCAAUCGCACGGGGAGGAGGAAUCAGGAGGUCAAAGAGGAUCGCGCGACUUUCAUUUGCCCGCUCUGCGACAAGUCCUGUGGCUCCCAGCACCAGCUCACUAUGCACAUCAGACAGCACAACACUGAGAGCGGCGCCACUGACCACUCGUGCAGCAUCUGCGGCAAGGCCCUGAGCUCGGCCAGCUCGCUGGACCGCCACAUGCUGGUGCACAGCGGCGAGCGGCCCUACAAGUGCUCCGUCUGCGGACAGACCUUCACCACCAACGGCAACAUGCACAGACACAUGAAAAUCCACGACAAGGACCCAAGCACUGUCCUCAACUCCAACCCACCCUCUCCAACCAAGCGCAGGCGCCUCUCCGUGAAGAGGAAGCCCAGUGUGGAGGAUGAUGGAGACUUAACUGACCAGUCCCCCAAUAAAAAGGUGAUGCUGGAGGAUCAGGCGGGGGAACGAGGUCGAGGCAAGCGCGAGGAGGAGCUCCUGCACUGCCCCAUCUGUUUCAAGACCUUCAUCUGUAAAUAUGGGCUCGAGUCCCACAUGGAGACUCAUCCAGACACUACUCUGAGGUGCAAUCUGUGCUGCAUCACCUUCCGCACUCAUCGAGGCCUUCUCCGCCAUAACUCGGUCAUCCACAAGCAGCUGCCCACCGACCCGUCAGGACGCCCCUUCAUCCAGAGCAACCCCUCGGUGCCUCUCGGCUUCAGCGACUUGGCUUUCAUCGACUUCUCCUGCCACAAGUUUCCUCAAAUUGCCCAGGUUUGGUGCGAGACCAACCUGCGCAGAUGCUCGAGCAAGUUCCACCGGUUUGUGUGCGAGGUCUGCAACAAGGCCUUCCCCCUGCAGGAGUCUCUGGAUCUGCACACAGACACCCACAAAUCCCCCGCCAUCGCCACAGGUGGGGCUCAGACGCCCAGCGCCGAUGACAUCACCGGCGCAGAUAAACCCGGGAUUAGCGCCGCAGAUGAGAAGCAGGAGGAGGAGGAGGGGGAGGAGGGGGAGGGGGAGGCCUCGCCAAAGAACCUGCCUCCCGCCGAGGAGGAGCGCAAGGCCGGCUUCCUGGAGCACCUCGGCCUGCAGCACACGUCCAAGGUGAAGCCGGUGCCGUCGGAGGCCGAGCUCCAGCAGGCCGUCCUGGACAGCAUCCGGGUGAUCCGCGUGGAACCGGCCGUCACCAGCCUACCUCAGGAGGCCAGCGGCAACCUGAGCCUGCCGCCGCUGGAGCCCGUGUCGCUGCAGGGCCUGAGCCAGAGCAGCGCGCUCAACCUGCUCUCGCUGCAGCCGCUGCCGCGCGGCUUCGUGCUGGCGCCCGACGGCGGGCUGCUGGUGCGGCCCCUCAGCGGGCAGGCCGGCGUGGACGUGCAGCAGAUCCUCAAGAUGGCCACGUCCGUGUCGUCGCAGAUGGCCAAGGCGGUGGCGGCGGCGGCCACGGCCGGGCACCCGCAGCACCAGCCGCAGGGCGACGCCAAGCACGCGCCGCCGCUCAAGCCCAAGCCGCCGGUGACGCCGCGCUCCAGCGUCGGGGCGUCCACCCCGCCGCCGCCGCCCAUGAGCGCCCAGCAGGCCUCGCCCGGCUACAUCAGCCCCAGCCUGCCGCCGCCGACCGGCCACCUGCUGCGCACCCCCAAGCAGUCCUCGUCCUCGUCCUCCUCCAACUCCUCCUCGUCCUCCUCGUCGCCCGUCAACCAGGGCUACAGCUGGGAGAACGUGCAGAUGGGCUCGGAGAGCGCCGCCUCCACCACCGCCACCGCCACCGCCGUGCCGUACGACGCGGCCCCGGGCGGCGGCAAGCACGAGGAGGCGGCGGGCGGCAAGGAGAAGAGCAACAAGGCGCCCGCCGCCAAGACGGAGUACCCGUGCCGCUUCUGCACGCAGGUGUUCUCCUUCCCCGCCGGGCUGCAGGCGCACAUGCGCCACCACCUGGGCGCCUCGCCCUACCAGUGCAGCAUCUGCAGCUACGCCGCGCCCGACAAGGCCACGCUCAUCCGCCACCUGCGCACGCACAGCGGCGAGCGCCCUUACGUCUGCCGCCUGUGCCACUACCCGUUCACCGUCAAGGCCAACUGCGAGCGCCACCUGCGCAAGAAGCACAUGAAGAGCACGCGCAAGGAGAUCGAGAAGAACAUCGAGUACGUCACGUCCGCCAGCUCGGGCGGCGUGGGCCCGCCGUCCACGCUGGACCUCCUGGACCCGGCCAUCGCCAGCACCACCGCCUGCCGCUACUGCGGCGAGGACCUCAAGAGCUACCGGGCGCUGCAGAUCCACCUGCGCACGCACAACGGCUGCCAGCGCAAGCCCUACGAGUGCCGCCAGUGCGGCGCCGCCUUCCUGGCCAAGCGCAACUGCAUCCACCACCUGCUCAAGUGCCACCCCGAGGUGCCCGAGCGGGAGAUCGAGGAGCACAUCACCGCCCUGGCGCCGGUGAUGGCCACCGCCGCCGCUCUCCAGAGCGCCCAGCCCGUGUCGUCUUCCAACGGGCUCCUGGUGGGCACGCCUGUCCAGUCCGCCAAGCUGGACGCCGGCCCCUACUCUCUCGUCGCCGACCAGGACCAGCCUCUGGACUUCUCCAACAAGUCCGGCAGCAUCACCAUCAAACGGGAGGCGGCGCCCUCGCCGCCGCCGCUGGCGUACGACUGCUCCAUGGAGCCGAUCGACCUGUCCAUCCCCAAGGACCCGGAGAGGAAGAGGAUGAAGCGCGAGGCGGCGGACCCCGUGCCCCUCCUGCGCGCCGUGGCGGACAUCAAGAAGGAGCUGCCCUCGUCCAGCGCGCACAAAGCGCCGGACGACCGGCCCGUCCUCCAGAGGGCUUUCGAGAUCUCCCCGCCGCAGCUGCUGGCCUCCGCUCUCGCCGCCAGCGACCUGCCCAAGUCCGUCGCGCGGCUGAAGCCGCUCCUGCCCAAGCCGUGCGCGGUGACCAACGCCACCGAGCUGCCCCCUCUGGCGUCCAUCGCGCAGAUCAUCUCCUCCGUGUCCGCCGCCCCGGCGCUGCUCAAAGCAGGCAGGAGCGCGGGCAGCCCCGGCAUGGCCGACGGCGUCCGAGGGCUGAAGGGGGCGGACGUCCUGAACGACAAGGCCCAGCUGGCCAGCGCCUUCGGCCUGGACGCCGCCCGGGAGGACUCCCCGGUCACGGGGAGCUCCAAGAAGAAAGGCAAGAAGCAGCCCGCCGCCGCCGCCGCGGAGGAGAUGGACGACAGCGGCUUCGGCAUGGCCGUCGGCCUGGACCUGGAGUCCAGCGGGGAGUUCCCCAGCGUGGAGAAGAUGCUCGCCACCACCGACGCCAACAAGUUCAGCCCGUACCUGCGGCCGAGCGCCGUGGAGCCCGCGCUGGAGGAGAUGGAGAUGGAGCGAGAGCGGCAGUCCACCAGCGAGGAGGAGAAAGAAGGGAACAAGGACAAGCAGAGGCAACGGCCGCAGAGCAAAGGGAAGAAGAACGCGUACUCCAACUCGGUGCAGAAGAUGACCUGCCCCUACUGCCCACGGGUGUUUCCCUGGGCUAGCUCGUUGCAGAGGCACAUGUUAACACAUACAGGUCAGAAGCCAUAUCCAUGCCCUCAGUGUGACGCAUUCUUCUCCACCAAGUCCAACUGUGAGCGUCACUUGCUCCGCAAGCACGGCCUGACCAGCCGCCUGCUCCAGAACAACGGGCAGCGCUCCAAAGGCAGAGGAGAGGAAGGCUCCCAAGGAAGCGCAGAGAGCAUCUCCGAUGUGGAGGCAGGAGCGCACACAGAUGCGGGAGACACUCACCCGUCCUCCGACGGGUCCAGCAGCAGCACGGAGACUCAGGAGCCCACGCAGCAGGAGCAGCACGCCGCGGCGGAGCACAACGCCCAGAGCGGCUCCGAGGACGGCGACAGCAGGGCGGACGAGCUGGACGACAGCGCUGCCGCCGAGGACGGCGACGACGCCCAGAGCAACACGAGCCUGGACGCCAACCUGGCCUGCAAGCUCAUCGACUUCAAGCUGUCGGCCGACGGACCGGAGCAGCCCGCCGCCGCGUUGGCCUCUCCGGGCGCCGCCCGGGUGGAGCCGGAGAGCGGCUCCUCGGACGAGUUCCAGCACACCUGCCCCACCUGCAAGAAGAGCUUCCGCCACGCGGCCACGCUCAACCGCCACCAGAAGUCCCACCUGCAGGAGGCCCAGGCCGAAGAGGUGGCCAAGAAGAGGGGCCGCCAGCAGAGGCCGACCCCGAGCCCCUCUCCUAAAGCCGGGGAGGUGGACGGGGGCACCCCGGAGAAGGACGCGAACGGCAGCAGCGUGGAGACGUCCGGGGCCGAGGAGGACGAGAGAGAGAAGGACCGAGAGGAGCAGAGCGACGAGGAGGAAGACAGCGGCUCCUCCGAGUCCAAGGGGGGCGACGGCGAGAACGGAGCCUCAGGGAAGACGGACAAGAGGAAGAAAAUCUGCAACAUGUGCAACAAACGGUUCUGGAGCCUUCAGGACCUGACCAGACACAUGCGCUCACACACAGGUGAGAGACCAUUUAAAUGCCAAACAUGUGAGCGGACCUUCACCCUAAAGCACAGCCUAGUGAGGCAUCAGCGCAUCCACCAGAAGCCCCAAGACAGCAAGGGCUGUGACGCCGAAGACGAGGACGAGGAGAUGAGCGAGGCCCUGCUGAGGGACGAGCUGGGCUCCGAGGAGGGAGAGGGUUUCCCCUGCGCCUCGGGGAGCGAGAGCGAGUCCAUGCCCUGCAGCGCCAACCCUGCUACAGAGAGCGAGAUGGAGGGCGAGAAGAAGGAGUCGGGGGAUGAACACAGGGAUGAGAAAGGAGACGACAACCAGGAAGAAGUAAAAGAGGAGGAGAACGAGGAGGAGGAGGAGGAGGAGGAGAAGAAGGAGGAGGAGGAGGAGGAGAAAAAGGAGGAGGAGGAGAAAAAGGAGGAGGAGUUGGCGAUUGGAGAGAAGAAGGAAGAGGAGACGGGGGAAGCAGUUGUGGAGAAGACAGGGGUGUCGACAGAGGAACCCUUAAAAGAGUCCAAUGCCAACAACAGUGUUUCCUCAGAAAGCCAGCCAGGUGGCGCUAGUGAGCCCUGUCCAGGCCAGGCUGAUGACAUGGCAGAGGCUGAGGAACAUCAGGAGCCCACUCAGUGAGUGGUGCCAGACAGACAGGCUGUGGGCCGUGGCCCAGUCAUCAGAACAGAACUUUGUGUUGUUCUUGUGCCAUACAUCAGCAACUGAACUGGUGCAAAAUGGGUCUGGGUUUUGACGUUGUUUAGUACUUUUUUCAUUUAUUUCUCUGCAUGUGGAAAAAUUGAAAACAAUCAGCUCAAAGAUCAUUUUUAAAGUGCCUUAAUAUUUUUUCCCAGAUCAGAUAAUUUUCUAUUAACUGGAUAGGAUUUUUACAGAUAUUUUAAAAUUUUUGAUUAUAAUUUUGAAAUGAAAUGAUAAUCCAGCAUUUAUAUCACAUUCUAUUUGUAUAAAUAAGAUUGAGGAGAAAGAUAUAGAAACAUUUAAAUAUGUAUUAUUGAUAAGUGAAAAAUUCCAUUUUGUUUUUAGUAUUAAGGAGACCUUUGGCUUGAAUGUGUUUUGUCUCACGUGGGACAAGGCAGACCUGAAGUGCCUGGGACAUUUGCAUCAUCUUGGAAUGAGCAGAUGCUCAUUGAAGGAGUUGGACCUACAGAAAGAAAAAAUACAAAUGCAAAGAUGCUCAGUUUAUAAUUUAACAAGUCUGACAGUUCACUGAUGGAACAUUUUUGGGCAAUAUUUGCUCUUUUUUGAGCCAUUCAGAUGGAGAAAAGAAAUCCCAGUUGUGGACAAGCUUUUGUGGGACUGUUCCCCCUGGUGGCUGGGAUCGUCAUGCUUUAUGUCAAGACACUAGCUGUGAUGCUUGGUCUUGCAGCUAGGAAGACUAUGUGUAUGUUUGUGUGUGUGUGUGUGUGUGUAUGUGUGUGUGUUCUGGCUGAAUUCAGUGUGUAUUAGACACCAGUGUGUGUGUUUGACAACAAUAAGUAUUUCAUUACUGUGUUAACUGAAGUGCACUGCGUGCAUCUGUUUAAUGCUGUCUUUGAGCUGGAAGGGUUAGCUUGUAUUCUGUGUGCCCUGCUGGCUUCGUUGCCUUACAGAAUAUGCCUGUCUUCAUUUGUACUGCAGUCUUUAAGAUAAGCCUUUUUAGUAGCUAACAUAAGCAACCUCAGUAGCUAACGAAACAAACCUCAAGAUGUCUGUCGGCAGAAGCUGAUAAUGUGUAGGUUAUGGCUGGAGUGUUAAGUAAUAUGUGAGUUGGCAAAGAAAGCCGAAGUCUGAAUGACUUAGAACAAAAUGGAGCUGCAGAAAAGUCAAAUCCUGCACAGUCAACAGUGUAAACAGUAAUAUGCAGCAUCUCAGAUGAACAGAUAUAGAAUUCUGAAGCAUGUCAUGGUAUUAUACGAACGCAUAGCAUCUUCCAUUCAUAAUUUAAUAGAGAAGUGGUUGAUUUGGACACUCCUUUGGCCAUGACUUUGGCUGGUUGUCUUGCAGAUUUCUGCAAGGUAACCAGAAGACUUUGUUAAUUCACCCUUGGACUGUAUUUGUUUCGGGGAAAAAAGUUAAUCUAGCCUAUCUCUUCUUUGUGUGUGUGUGUGUGUGUGUGUGUGUUUGUUUGUUUGUUUGUUUGUUUGUUUGUUUGUUUGUUUGUGUGUGUGUGUGUGUGUGUGUGUGGUGUGUAUGUGUGUGCGCGCGUAUGUGUGAGCCUGCAUGGUAACAGCUAGUCUGAUCAUAAAAACACACUGAAUUGUUUUAAUCUAUUUAUUGGGGAAACUAGAAAGCGCUGAAAGCAAUCCUGAGAAGCCAUGAUAUGUCACGUUCAUGCUGCUAAGAGGGGUUGGAGAGAUGGAGUGAUGUUUGGAUUUUCUAUUAGCCGUGGGUUCUGAAGCAUGAGAUACUGUAUAGGCCUUAAAUUACAUUUGUUAAUUUGUCUUGUUUUGUUGAAAUUAAUUGAACUCUAAUACUAAAAAUGCUAAAAAAAGAAAAAAAGAA